GACAACCUGCUUUUAGUUCCUCUUUCUUUAUUUUCUGGUGAAAAAGUGGGUCCCCUAAAUUUAAAUGUAGAGAUUAUCCCACAAGCUUGGAGGCAGUCGACAAGCAAUACCAACAUGCACAAAAGGAGCACGUGAGGCACAUUGUGUGAUGGAACAUGGCGAUUUCGUCCCGCUCGAGCGGAUCUUAGAGAAAAUCCAACGUGAAGCACGGUAGAUACAUUUCUAAUACACAUCCGACAACAGGUUUCGUGUGUUUUUGUUUUUCAUUAAUUUUUCUACAGCUCUUUACUGGUUUAAUCAAAGUUGGUUUUCAGCUUUUUUUUUUUUUCGUCUGCUCAUUGGCUGUCUGCUAGAGUGGCUUUUUUCAGACAGUUUCGUAAGCGUAAAUAUUCGUGCUUUUUUUUUUUAGAUUUCGCAGCCCUGUGGAAACACGUUACGAAAAACAUAACAAAACGCUCUUAAUUACAUGUAAUCGCGCAAAAGCGGCAUCGGAUUAGCACAGAAUACGACCAAAAAACAAAAGAAUGAAGAAAUUCGUCGAUCUACCUACUUACGUUGCUGCGGGGAAGUAUGUAGUGUCGUAUCAAUAUGGUUGAACUUCCGAGCAGAAGGACGAGGUUCGGGUAUAUUUCAGCUUUUUCAGCGAAAAUUAAUCAUGACAAAACAAUAUUUCUUCGGUAUUAAUUAUUAGAGCAAUGUGGUAACCUCGAUUAGACUUGCGAUCAUUUGAUUUCUUCAACUAUUUGGUGGAUAGACGAAAAGAAAUCUAGAGGCAGAGGCCCACGCUGCUCGUGGAUCUGGCACAUUUUUCCUUUUCUUUCUAAAUUCUUUUCAGGGACAGCCAGUGAGAAUAAAAGUAAAAGUUGGUCGUCGUUGGCAAUACGAAAUACGUUUUGCGUGCUUUUAAAUUAUUAAGAUUGAUUACUUAUUUAUCGACCUGUUUGUUUUCUUCAAAGUGACCCUGUGUUGCGAUCUGUCAUUUGUUUUUCAGUCCGUUCCCUUAUCUUUGCGCAUGUUGGAAACCCAUUAGUAUGACAUUGCCUUUUAGCAAGGCUUAUCGAAAAUAAUAGAGAAAUAGAGGUGUCGGAGGAGAAGCAUGCUAUUUAAAUUGGUUAUAGGUCGUAGAUCCAUUAUCUCAUUCGUCUUUGGAAAGCACGUCACUUCGUACAGCCGCAGUGCUACUAUUUGCGUGUGUUGUGCACAUAUGGAUACGUCGAAGUCACCACCGUCGACAGCCAUCGUCAAGAAGUCUGUGCGACUUUUACCCUUUUCUGGAGUACCUCUCGCGUCGGAUACAUCGAUCACGCAAGUACCGAGUGACAAGUCUGAAGAGGACCGACCCAGCAGCCCGCAUGUUGCCACAGUUAUCGACACGCAAGCUGCCGAAAGCUCGCUUAAGUCACUCCUGGGCAUUGGCUCACCUGCAAGGACAACAGAGCCCGUGGCUUGCAAGGAUUUUGUCUAUGGACCCCCGAAAUCACUAGCAUUUCAGUCGUGUGGGCCGGAUGUGUCCAUGGAAGACCACGCGAUUUUGGAUUGGAGUUUGGAGCGAAACGUCGAGCUUCCCUUGGCAGAGGGACAGGGAAAUCUGCUGAAGGAUCCAGAAGUUCAGAGUCCCGCAGCAAAUACGGCUCCCAAAGAAAGCAUCAUCAUGGAGAUGAAACAACAGAAUCCAGAUAAAUCUUCUCCACGCACGAUGCUGACUCAGCCGCUUGUGCAAGGCUCUGGAGACGUUGCUACACCACAGGAUCAUGCCAGUGGUUGCUCCGCUGUAGAAACUUCAACAGAAGUCUCUAAAAGGGCCAAGAAGGCGAAAGCACGGAGACGAAGGCAGAAGCGAUCCGCUGCAAUGUUGCCACCCUCCACAAAUUUGAGAGCCAGUGAUUCAGAAACCACAGAUUUGGAAUGUAAAGGGCGCACUGGAUCUUGCCAAGAUACCUCAGUCAAAGAAGAAGGAACUGACGGAGAUGAUUGCUUGUUUGCACACCUUCCUUUACUUGUGGAUUCUGCGGGAGAGUCGGAGAGUGAGGAUGGUGUCUACUCUCUCAAGCCUCUCUUUACAGGAGCAUACGACCCUGCAUCACGGAGAGGAAAGGCAAAGAAAAGGCAGUACAGCGAUUCGUCAGACAAAAGACGGAGACCAAAUUACUUCGUCGCCAUUCAAACAAGAAAUCACGAGAUUCAUGAAAAGAUGCAGAAUGUCCUGGACCAUAUUCGUUCCUGUGAACCGUCCAUCUCAAAAGCUUUCAUUGCAAUUCCCACUCUACAUUUGACGGUGCUCGUUUUAAGAGUUACAGACGACGAUGACUCAUUAGAGAGGGCUAAGAAGGCGCUUGUGAGAAGCUACGACCUCCUCAAGGACGACUUGAACUCGAACCCCCUCGUGCUGAAGUUCAAAGGACUGGGCCACUUCAAGAAUGAGGUACUGUUUGCUAAAAUUGAAGGCCAAGAAGCAAAGGACAGACUCAGAAAGAUAGCAGAUGUGUGCCUGCAAGAAUUCACCAGCUCCAAUCUAGACCUUUCUGGCCACAAAGAGUUCAACCCUCACCUCACCAUUGUCAAACUAUCAAAAACCAGUAAACACACUUGUAAGAUUCGCAAGAUUCAGAAAGAGUGGUACGAGAAGUUUGCUGAAGAGGACUUUGGCAGUCAAGCUGUAUUCAGCCUCCAGUUACUGAGCAUGAAUAAACCUAAGGAUGAAAAUGGCUACUACUACUGUAGCCAGGAGUGUAAGUUCGAAAACGUGCCAGUUGAAGACGUUACAAUGACUUCUCCACCAACUCCAACUGAAGGGUCUGCAAGGACAUCUCCACUUGCUAAGAGAAAGCUUCUGGAACUGGAGCAUGCAAAAGAUAACAUAAGGCGGACCAUCUCGAGCCUUACAAAAGCAAAACUGGAUGAGAUAACCGCAGCCACGCUUCAGCAAGAGGUGAUGGAUAUUGACGAGGAACGCACGCACAAACAGGAACGCACAAGCGAUCGCGUGACAGCAGGUGCAACGGAAGCUACUUUUCCUGCCGAAACCGGACCGGAAGUCACCUGCGCAACGUUGCCCGACGAGUGACUCUAACGGGAGCGGCGGAGGGUCCGCGACUGGCCACCUUGAGACGGUGAAUCUUAUAUGGCAGGCUCCAGGAAUGUGCUUUUCGUUGCCCGCCGCAUGGGGUUUCACGCAGCGCAUGAAAUCACACGUGUCUUUUCUUCCUGGAAACUAUGGAGUCACACCUUCUUGCACACAUCCCCCUCUUCCACUCCUUCCCAUGGCCCACACGCCGAAGCAACGAAUACCACGAAAGCAACUCCCUCGUCCCAGCACAUUGCUUCAGGCGCGUCCUGGCAUCACCACCGAGACCGCCGUAUACAUAAUCCCGAGUUCAAGACACCGUUCCACGAUCAUCCUAUCAUCUCUCUCACACACUCCUUAAUAAUUACGAUGUCCGACCAAUGCGCCAUCUAUCGGCGCUCCUCAAACUCACUCCCCGUCUACGUUGCGUUGGCCGGUCUUCUGUGCAACGCCGCUUUGCGGGUCGUCUUCGGUAGCGGAAUUGUGCCCGGGCACGCUUUCUUCUGAGUUCACUUCCAGUCUCUCUGUCGCCACGAUAUCGAUCGCCGG